GGGUUCGGUUCCGGUUGCUUGCAAUAGAUGAGGAUGCAUUAAUCAGUGGCUCGCGCUCUUGGACCUGACAUAGAAAGGAAAAAAAAAUUAGGAUGUGAUUAGCAUCUUAGUGGGAUGGAGGCUUCUGCCUCACACCGUAAGCUUGAAGUGUUGAUGGAUCGGAUCGGGUUCGAUUUAAUCGAUGUGUAUCAGUUGUAUCUGCUAAACGGAUUAGAGUCUGCGGGAUAAAAAUAAAUAAAUAAAACAGGCUAAUCGGUCUUACAGCUUGUAUUAUUAUCCUCUGUAGCCUAGAGAAACAGAGCAGGGUUUAUAGAUGGUAUUUUGACCUUGUAGAUAAUGUCCAGAUGAAUUAAGCUCCUGUUUACACCUGCAUCAUUAACCUGCCUCCUUCAUAUCAGCUAGAUUUCCAUUAAUAACAUAAAAUGUAAAUGCAGCCAAGAUGCAGAUCUCGAUCUCAUCAUCUAAUCAUUGCUUAGAUCGAUUUUAGCCCCUCAUCUCUCGUCCGUAAAAACCAAAACACGUCCUGAUGUCUUGUUACAGCAUCUCUAACUGCUGAAGUUUCCACCGUCAGGAGAUUGUAAAAAAAUCACCAUCUUCCACACAGGACUACAAAACCCUGGGUGUUUAUGUGAGGCAGGAUCACAAAGUCAGCGUGAGUGGGGUUGAAUGCAGUGCCAUACAGAAAACAUGUAAGAAAACACAGCGGGAAGCAAAUAAGACACAAACCAUAAGGGUGUUUUUUCAGCAUUGUGCUGAGUCAUAACUCAGAAGGUGGAAUGUGUAUAGAUUUUUCAGCAUGUGGUUGAACUGCAGCAUCCUACAUGAACCUGAGAUGAGUAGAGGUCUCUGGUGCCCAGCCUGUUCAGGGCGGCGCCCAGUGGCCUGAGCCUGGCAUGGCCUCUCUGGACCUGCCGUACCGCUGCCCUCGCUGCGGGGAGCACAAACGCUUCCGGAGCCUGUCAUCACUGCGUGCCCACCUGGAGUACAACCACACCUACGAGACGCUGUACGUGCUCUCCAAAUCCAACAGCGUGUGUGACGCCGCCGCACUGCUCCCUCUGGUGGCUGACAGCGCCCUGGCUGCUGAAUCCCGCUUCCCCUGCUCGGGCGACGAGCUCGGGCUUGCCACGACCUCAUCCGCCGGCGCCCGUUACCUUCCCAAUGUGGAGUUCCCACUGGGUGAGAUCCUGGUGAAGAAAGCCAUGAGCUCAAUGGACCCCAGUGCCAUGGAAGCUGCUUACGAGGAGGGUUUGGCGCGCCUCAGGGCUCGGGCCUUUGAAAGGCUUGAGCUGGAUGAGAGACUGGAGAAGCUUUCUGAAGAAGUGGAGCAAAAGAUCGCAGCACGUGUGGGGCGCCUGCAGGCCGAGCUGGAACGGAAGAGCACAGAAUUGGAGAAGGCCAAACUGGAGAGUGAAAGACUCAGUCAGGAGAAGCAGGAGCUGGAGGACAAGGCCUCAGAGCUGUCACGCCAGGUGGACGUCUCAGUAGAGAUGCUAGCCAGCCUUAAGCAAGACCUGGUCAACAAGGAGCAGGAGCUCACACACAAACAGCAAGAGGUGGCUCAGAUCGAUCAGUUCCUGCAGGAGACGGCAGCGCGGGAAGCUAGCGCUAAAGUGCGUCUGCAGCAGUUCAUCGAGGAGCUCCUGGAGCGAGCAGACCGAGCGGAGAAACAGCUCCAGAUCAUCAGCAGCUGUGGAACCACACCAAACGGGAGUCUGGGCCACUGCAGCCUGCAGGGCUCCAAAUCCAACGGCCGACAGAGGAACUCCAGUAUCUCUGGUUCGAGGGGUGUGUACCAGGUCUCGGAUCGACGCUCAUCUCCAAGCACGGGGGCGUCCGGUCGCUCGAAGUCGGUGUCCCAGGCCUCGGUGGCGGGUUACGACAGUGACAGUGUGGAGCUGCAGGCACUGGAGGACAGUCUGGAGGCUCAGUACUACCACGGGCAGAAUCGUCCCAGAGAACCCUCACCUUACGAGCGGCGCAACUGGGGCCUCCGCAAGCAAGCCAUCCAGAACUGGCAGCGGCGGCCGUAUCGCAACAGCACGGAGGGCGAGGAAGGGGACGUGUCCGACGUGGCCUCGCGUACCACCGAGUCUGAGGCGGAAAUGUGGGAGCAGGAGAGGAGGGCGGAGUGUCAGCAGCAUUGCCCUCACCGUAGCAGCUACCGGCUGGGGACAGGCCGUUCCGAGGGCUGCUACAAACCCUGCCAUCAUGAGAAGAGCCCUUCCAAGACCAGUGAGGUGGUCAGCCCCGAGGUGCUCAAAAUGCGGGCGGCGCUUUUCUGCAUCUUCACUUACCUGGACACAAAAACCCUGCUGAGGACGGCCGAAGUGUGUCACGACUGGAGGUUUGUGGCACGUCACCCUGCCGUGUGGACAAGAGUGCUGCUGGAGAACGCUCGCAUUUCCUCCAAGUUCUUGUGCACGCUCUCUCAGUGGUGUACGCAGACCCACUCUCUGAUCCUGCAGAACCUCAAACCAAGGCAGAGAGGGAAGAAGGAGACCAAGGAGGAGUAUCUGAAGAGCACACGUGGGUGUCUGGAAGAAGGUCUGGAAGCAUUGCUGAAAGCGACAGGAGGAAAUCUGCUCAUUCUGAAGGUGUCUCAUUGUCCCAACCUGCUGACCGAUCGCUCUCUGUGGCUGGCCAGCUGCUACUGUCGAGCACUUCAGGCUGUAACGUACCGGAGUGCUACGGAUCCCGUUGGUCAGGAGGUGAUCUGGGCUUUGGGAGCAGGCUGCAGGGACAUCAUCUCCCUCCAGGUGGCGCCGUUACAUCCCUGUCAACAACCAGCCCGCUUCAGUAACCGCUGCUUACAGACGAUUGGUCGGUGCUGGCCACACCUACGAGCCUUGGGAGUGGGCGGAGCUGGAUGUGGUAUACAGGGAUUGGCUUCACUGGCGAGGAACUGUAUGAGGCUUCAGGUGCUGGAACUGGACCACGUCAGUGAGAUUAAUCAGGAAGUGGCAGCUGAAGUGUGUCGUGAAGGUCUGAAGGGUUUGGAGAUGUUGGUCCUCACCUCGACUCCGGUCACACCCAAAGCUCUCCUUCACUUCAACAGCGUGUGCCGUAACCUGAAGUCCAUCGUUGUACAGAUCGGUAUUGAAGAUUACUUUGAAGACCCCAACAGCCCUGAGGCCAGAAAGCUCUUUGAUGAAAUGGUGAACAAACUCCAGGCUUUAAAGAAGAGGCCAGGCUUUUCCAAAAUCCUCCACGUAAAGGCUGAUGGUCUGUGCUAAUGCCCUCUACUGCGACAUGAACUGUGUAAAAUCCACCAACUUCUUUAUGGAACAAGCUGAAUCUUCAGUUUCAGCUACCGUGAUGACGACAAAAAAAGGAAACUACACGUAAUCACCACAGUAUUAUGUUGAAGACAAUUUAUUCACCUGCAGCUAAAUAAACGCUUUCAAGGUUUCUGGAUCCGACCGAUCAUCUUAUGAAGAAGGCGGAGUCUUCUCGAGACUGGAUUCAAGCUGGACAGCUUCAGAUCACGCUGACGAGAUCGGAUCAGGUUUCACCGGAUACGUUUUUUUUAGCACAGAGCCGCAAUUUUCAGCCAAGGAAAAGGUCCUAGAAUGGAAACUUGUGGAACACCAGGCUUUCCAGAUACACGCUUACGGAAAACGGCCUUGGAGUUGAGGGUAUUUGGUGCGUCGUAUUAGUUGGUAUGAAACAGGAAUGAAAUUUAAAAUGUCCACGAAUCGGGAUCGCAUUCUAGCGAGUGUAUUGCACAAUAAGAGUACCAGCUUCCCGCUUUACGAAAAGAAACCGAAUAUGAAAUUUGACCUUUGUUUUGCCCAAUCAAGCAGGACUUUAUGAAAGAAUUAUUCUCCAAGUAUCAUCAUCAUAAUCAUCAUCAUCAUCAUCAUCAUCCUAGCAACCAACCAAUCAACCACAUUCAGCAUUAUCCUAACAAGUUCUGGAUCAGCCUCCGGGUUUUCCAGAUGCCGUGUUGAGGGUUAGACCCGCCUGUUCAUCCCACAUCCUGCAUUUGUGGAAUACUGUGCCUCAUUUGGAUGACAUGGUGCUUUAAUUUAAUUUUAUUAAAACAAAAACAAUCAACCACCUCAUGGAGCUUCCAUGCAGCUCGGCUCUCAUUAGCGCCAUUUCUUAACAGUUAACACACUUCACAUAAACGUGAACAACGUGCCAUAUUUGUAGGGGUGAGCAACAACCAAAAUAUCAAGAAACCUUCACAAAUAAUGAUGAGAUAUCUAGGUUUGUUAACGGAGCACUCAAGUUUUCAAGAAAUUUACUGACAUUUACUGACAUUUAUUAACAUUUACUGAAAAAAAAAAGGUUUAAAAGUAGGAAAAUAAAUCAUGUAUGAAAUAAUUCUCACAACAAUGAUGCUAAAUGUCUGAAUAAAUGUUAAUAAAAUCACAAAAAUAGCCAGUAUCCUCCGAACAGGAAGAAAUAACUCAAAAAAGGACUCAGUUUCUUGUCAAGUUGGUUUGUUUUGCAUUAUAUAACAUUAAUCUGUGUGAAAUUUAACUCCAGACUUAAACACAACGGCUUUAAAAGCAUGCACUAAUAAACGAUAUGGAGGAAAUGCUAAUUAUAAACAAGAAGACUAUAUACAGGGUGUUCAAGUGAACAUGAUCCAGACUUCCUGUCUACACCGUGAGAUUAUGGGACAUGAGAAACUGUCUUUACUUCAAACUGGUUUUAAUGUGAAAUAGUCAGGACUGUGCAUUAAUAACAUACAUAAUUCCAGUUUGGUGAAAUACCGAGUUUCCCAGUGAAGUGAAAGGGUUUCAUGUGUCCAGAGUUCCCACUUCCUUCAUGUGAGGUGAAUAAAAACACUUCGAAGCAGGAUUCAGCUUUGAUUAAAUCUGUUAAGGGAUUGCAGAUUUGUGAAACAACAAAUAGUUGUUUAUAAAGAAAUUGGGAACUAAAAAUAUCCAAAUUACUAAAACACAACUUGAACUAUUGGCCUUUUUUCUUUAGGCAGAUGUUAAACUCUGAAAAAUGUUCGCUACAAAACCUAAAAAUUCACAACAUCUUUAAGACCUGAUUUCCCCCAAACAGACUGAUGAUGGUUGUGUAAUUCUGAAGAAAAAAAAGAAAAGAA